AUGAGUCAAGCACCAAAUCCAUUUACUCAAGCAGCUAGUCAAGGUUAUGGUGAUUUUGCAGCAACGUUAGAUGACGAAGAUCAAGAUGAAAAUAAUGAAGAACAACAAAUAGAAGAUGAACUGGAAGGACCCGAAUCACCUGAACCUGAAGAACAGGAAACCGAUGAAAUUGGUUUUACUCAAACUCAAGAACGUUCGUAUCCAACUGGUAUUGAAUCGCCCGAUGAAGAUGAGAAUGAGGAGCAAAAUGAAAUAUCUGAUCAUGAACCAGAACAAGAAGAUAAUGAUGAAGAAGCUGGGCCUAGUUCACCACCAGCUGAAGAUUCAAACGACCAACAACAAGAGGUGAAAGAAGAAGAAGGAGAAGAAGAAGAAAAGCAAGAAAGUGAAAAUGAUGAAGAUUCAAAUAAAAAACAAUCUCAAUCACUUCGUCGAGUAAAAAUCAUGGACGAUUCAGAUAAUGAUGACGAACAACCAACUGAAUCUACUAGCACUGUUAACAAAGAUAAAAAUCGUAAUUUUCUCAAACAGAUGACCAUGAAAAAUGAUGAAUCACAAAAGAAACACAAAAAGCGUCGAAGCGAUGAACAUCAUCAUCAUCACCAUCAUCAUCAUCAUGAACAUAAAUCAAAGCGUUUCCGAAAAACUUCAAAUGAUGAAGAAGUUGAUCAAACUGAAGAACCUGAAAAAAAAAAAACCAAAACUGCUGAAGCCACUUCUGAUGUUGAAGAUGUUGUGGAUGAUAUAUUUGGAAACGCUGUAAAUGAUAAUGAUGAGGAAGUUGACGAUCGUCAAGAAGCUGCUGCUGAAUUAGCAGAUUUAAAUGAUGACGAAGCUGUACAAGAACCAGAGGAAGAAGAAGAAGAAGACGAAGACAAUAACGAAGAGCAACAAACAUUUGACACCCAAGAAGAAGACGAUGAAGGUACCUUAGCACGUAAGGCUAGUAAUGCUGCUGCAAAAAAUAGUAAUAUUACGUAUGAUAUUGAUCUAUACUUGGAAAGAAAAGCUGAAAAACGUCGUGGAAAUCGUCGUCGUGGUGGAAAAAAUGGUGAUAUUGAUUUAGGUCCCGAUGAUGAUCAAUUUGUAUCAAAGUUGAUUGAUCAAAUGAAAAUAGCCACUGAAGAAGAUCGAAUAUUUAAUAAAAGUCGACAACCAGCUACAGCUAAACUUCUUAUGUUACCAGCGGUUGAGCAGCAUUUGUGCCGAGCUGAUUUAACUGAAAUAUUUCUUGAUAAUGGAAUAUUAACUGUUUUCAAAGAUUGGCUCAGUCCUUUACCGGAUAAAAGUUUACCCAAUACUAAAAUUCGAGAAGCACUUAUCAAAAUUCUUCAGCAAUUUGGAACUAUUAAUGCUGAUGCUUUACGCGAUAGUGGUAUUGGAAGAUCUCUUAUGUAUUUAUAUAAACAUCCGCGUGAAACAAAAGAAAACAAAAUUAAAUUAAUCAAAAUUAUUCAUGAUUGGGCUCGACCUAUUUUCAAUUUGGAUACAGAUUAUAAACUUUUAACACGUGAAGAACGAUUACAACGUGAUGUCGACCAAGCGACGCUUAAACGGCAAACAUCGUUAACAGGAAAACCGAAAAAUCGACGUGCUGAUGUAGAUUUACCUUUUUCUAGCGACGGCCGACAAGACGACGACGACGAAUUAAAUAACGAUGACGAUUGUCCACGUGCUCGUGUUCCACGGCCUUCAAAUAAAGAUUACAUUAUACGACCCGCUUCAACUGCUGAAUAUCCAGAGAAAAGGAGCGACGGUAAAAAGAGAACCGUAUCCCGUUUAGAUGCCAUCAAACGACAGCAACAAGAUCGUAAACGAAAUUCAAAACCGAUGUCUAUUGUUAAACUUAGUAUUGAAGGAAAUAAAAUGCAUUUGUAA